CGACCUCCCAUCCGACAAAAUGUCAUCAUCAACGUGCAGCUUAUCAAUCAAUCAAUCCAUCCAUCCAUCCAUUCAUCCAUUCCAUCAAGACCUCAUAUGGUUUAUUCGGAGAAUUCAUCCAAGAGGACUCCCCAAGAUGCCGCUGCAUUAUGACGGAGGCGAAACGUGCUUGCAGAUGGGGACAAGAUUAAAAAAAAGGAAAAUUAGGAAGAAAAAAGGGCUGAUGAAGGAAGAGGAAGAUACCUUAGUGACCGGUAGAAGUGAUGUGAAUGUGCCGAAGCGAGUGAAACCUGUCCCCUUUUUUUGUCUGUCUGUGUGUGUAACGUGUUGCACAUGGUUGCAGUGGUGGCAGUGGGUGGGCCCCACGUGCGACCGGUUGACCGACCAGUCUUUUCGUGCUCGAGGUGUUUUUGAUUGACGGGUGGAGAAGGAUUUGCGUGGCGGGUGUUAUCUUCCGGUGGCAGUUGUCACUUGUCGUACUACAUGAAGGAGUUUAUCAUCAUCAUCAUCAAAGAGUGAAAUCAUCAUAUCGGUCGACACUGGCAGCAUUGAGCAAUAGUAGGUAGUAACCACCUAUGCUGCAAUAAGGCACCUAGGUACAUGUAUAAUGUACACAACUAAUAGGAUAUAGUACGC